GGGCUAAGCCAGUCUGGGCGAGCUGCAGGCAUCACGUUGGAGACCUAGGACAGGGGUUGACUCUGGGACACUGCGUGCCCCCAAAUCACGGUACAACGUCUGCGCUGCCCCCACCAAGCCCUGAGGAGAAGGAGGGGAUAUUGUGACGGUAACUCCUCUGAGAAUGGUGUUCCCAAUCCUCUCUCUGGUGCUGAGUGCCGUGGCCUUCUUCACCGGGCUGCCGUUGAACGGGUACGUCGUCUUUGUCACCAGCUGCCGUACAGGGAGGACGGCCAGCGCCGUGUGGUUCCUGAACCGGGCCGUGGCCGAUUUCCUCUUUAUCGUCUUCCUGCCAAUCAGAUUCAUCUUCAUCCUGAACUUAGACCAGGCCAAGAUACUGAACAACACCGUUAUCUCGCUCCACAUGUUCUCCAGCGCCUUCCUCCUCACGGCCCUCAGUGUCGAUCGCUGCAUCCUCGUGGCGCGCCCUGAGUGGACCCGGAACCACCGCACACCCCUCCUGGCUUUCAUGAUUGUUAUAAGCCUGUGGGCCAUGUCUGUUGGGUUCAGCUUGCGGUAUGGUGAUCUCUGGGAAUCCCUGCUCUCACCGGCCAGUAUACACAUGAAUGUCCCACUGGAUGAAGGGAGGGUGAAGGCUGCCUUUGUGAUGCAGUUCCUAGUCGGGUUUCUGAUCCCAUUAGCCUUGAUCUUAAUCCCAACCUUCUACAUCAUUCUAGCUGCCAAGAUGAGAAGGAACAGGCUGAUCCAAUCCACCAAGCCACUCAAGAUCCUUCUUGGCUUGAUCCCGACCUUUUUCAUCUGCUGGCUGCCAUAUCACGUCUUCUCCUUCCUGCUGAUCUCACCUAAAUACCCCCUGCCUUUUCUUGUCACAGAAAGCAAUUUUGCUUGUAUCCUGUCAUAUUUCAACAGCUGCCUCAACCCCAUCUUCUACCUCACCAUGGAGGAAGAGUUUCUGAGGUACCGGCAUCGUGCACGCAACCCUCAAACCACCGACAACUCAGGGCCGGAGCCGGCUGAAUAGGGGAAUGGAUGGAACCGUUGAUAUUUCUAUGGAGAAAGAAUUCUGUUCGCUGGGACACGUAACUUCCUCUUGAUCCCAAAAUUGUCUUUUUUAGCAAGUGAAUUUUUUGGCCUUAUUCAUAGAAGAGCCACAAGAAUGAUUUCUGGAUUAGAAAACCUGCCUUACAGUGAGAGACUCAAGGAGCGCAGUCUAUUUAGCUUAACAAAGAGAAGGUGAAGGGGUGAGUUGAUCACAGUCUGUAAGUACCUACAUGGGGAACAAAUAUUUAAUAACGGGCUCCUUAAUCUAGCAGAGGAAGGUCUAACAUGAUCCAGUGAACAGAAGUUGAACCUAGACAAAUUCAGACUGGAAAGGAGGUGUAAAUUUGUAACGGUCAGAGUAACUGACCCUGGCUUUAGCAGGCCAAUGCUCAAACCGCUGAGCUAUCCUUCACCCCGAUAUGUCCUUUUCUAUGUCUUCAUGUCCUUAUUUUUCUCAUCAUGUCAUUUUUGCUGCCAGUGGGGCUCCAGCUCUUCUUCCCUGUGUUUCUUGAAGAUCAAUGGAUCUAUGAAAGAAAGGGUAACAUUUUCAAAAGGGUCUAAGUUCUAUUUUUUAAAGUGUUUAGGCCCUUGGAACCUUGCUGAGAGUCAAUGAGACAUAAAAUAAGAAUGGCCAUAUUGUGUAAGAGCAAAGGUCCAUCCAGCGCAGUAUCCUGUUUUUUGACAGUGGCCAAUGCCAGGUGCCCCAGGGGGAAUGAACAGAACAGGGGAUCAUCAAGUGAUCCAUUCCCUGUCACCCAUUCCUAGCUUCUGGUAAACAGAGCCUAGGGACACCAUCACUGCCCAUCCUGGCUAGUAGCCAUUGAUGGACCUAUCCUCCAAGAAAUUAUUUAGUUCUUUUUUUAACCCUGUUAUAGUCUUGGCCUUCACAAUAUACUCUGGCAAAAAGUUCCACAAGUUGACUGUGCGUUGUGUGAAGAAAUACCUCCUUUUGUUUGUUUUAAACCUGGUGACUACUAAUUUCAUUUGGUGACCCCUAGUCCUUGUGUUAUGAGAAGGAGUAAAUAACACUUCCUUAUUUACUUUCUGCACACCCGUCAGGAUUUUAUAGACCUCAAUCAUAUCCCCUCUUAGUCAUCUCUUUUCCAGUUUAAAAAGUCCUAGUCUUAUUAAUCUAUCCUAAUACGGAAUCCGUUCCAUACCCCUCAUCAUUUCUGUUGUCCUUUUCUUUACCUUUUCCAAUUCCAAUAUAUCUUUUUUUAGAUGGAUUUAUAUAGAGGUAAUAUGAUAUUUUCAAUCUUCUUAUCUGUCCCUUUCUUAAUGAUUUCCAACAUUCUGUUCGCUUUUUUGAUGGCCGCUGCACAUUGAGUGGAUGUUUUCAGAGAACUGCCCACAAACACUCCAAGAUCUCUGUUUUGAGUGGUAACGGCUAAUUUAGACCCCAUCGUUGUAUAUGUAUAGUUGGGAUGAUGGUUUCCAAUGUGCCUUACUUUGCAUUUAUUAACAUUGAAUUUCAUCUGCCAUUUUGUUGCCUGGUCACCCAGAUUUGUGAGGUCCCUUUGUAACUCUUCACAGUCAGCUUUGGACUUAACUAUAUUGAGUAGUUUUGUAUAAUCUGCAGAUUUCGUCCCUGCCCACUGUUUACCCCCUUUUCCAGAUUGUUUAUGAGUCAGACUCUUCCCAAACCAAUCACGUUCAUCUAUGAGUCUGACCAUUUUGUUCUUUACUAUAGUUUCAACCAGUUUGCCGGGUACGGAAGUCUGGCUUACCGGCCUGUAACUCCCAGGACCACCUGUUGAGCCUUUUUAAAAAACUGGUGUCA